AUGACGCAGCAGGAUUUCCAGCAAAACCUAGCCCUUUACUCGAACAACUCGCUAGAUAUUCGUAGCGAAAGUGGACUGGGCUCAUCCACCGGCAUGGCCACGGCAGCUGCCGAACAUUCAGCUCCAGCGUCCACCGGAAACACUCCUAAUUCGUUUCGCAAGGCGCAGGGCCAGAAACAGGCCAGUCCCACGGCUGUGACGGACCUGCUAGCCAUGCUCGACGACCAUGUGGCGCUUCACGCGCAGCUACAAUCCACAGACUCUUCGGAUUCGAAUCUGCCGAUGGACCCGCGCGUUAUGGCGCAGUCGCAGUCGCAUUCGCAGUCGAACUCUGUUUCAAAUUCAUCCGGGCUCUCGCCGCAGCGGAUAUUGAAGGACUCCACACACUUCGCCCCAGAAGAUGAUCCUCUGGCCAUCCUCUCGCGCUCAUUGGACAACAACGGCUCUUUGAACUUUCGGGCGUUGGAUCCUACAAAUAUCCCAAACCUACCGAUAUCGCUACCGCAACAUACACAGCAACAACAACAGCCCUGCAUCGACCCCAACUUGCUUAGCAACGCUGGCUCUCACUUUGUCGACUCCGGCUUCCCUAUAGACCGUAUUUCUCCAGAUAAUUUCCAAGAUGAUGAUACGAAUUCGAUAUUUGAUGACUUUACAUUUCAGCGAAGACCGAGCGAACUUACCUCGACCCGCACUGCUACGCAUCCAGAACUCCAUACCCGAAACUCCAUUUCCUACAACACUGAUUUCUGGAAUUUACCAAGCUCAACGUCAAAUCAAAGACCUAACUACAAAUCCCAUCGCUCGUUUGGCGGAGUUUUGCCCUCAUCUACGACUACUGUACGCCCCGCUAGUACGGGCAAACGUUCUGAGUCUUUGAGGCCUCUAAGUCUAUCGUCAUCGCCAUUUAAGAUCGACAACGAACUUACCAAACUUCUGGACGACUAUAAUCUCAGUUAUUCAAUCCAAAAACCGGUGAAGAAAAGGACCGGAUCCUUCAAUACUAUUAACAACCCGCGUAGAUCGUCGGUUUCAGAGCCUCAAAAUCGCGUUCAAAAACAACGUGCUUCUAUGUCCCUGGUGGACGGUAAUAAUCAAGAUUUGAUUGCUAAACUAUAUGGAGAUGUUAAGGCGCCUAGACCUAGGCUCACGAGUUUGUCGUGGGAAAACGCCAUCAUCUCAGAUGACGAAGAUGAAGAUGAAGAUGAAGAGGAGGACGACAUAAGAGGCCCCGGCAGUGCCCAGAUUAUCGACACUAGUUCAAAUGCUGGUGUUGUAGACGACGAAGAGGAAGGGGAAAAGAUAACGCGUGAACAUUCUUCUCAGGGUGCCUCCACCGACUUUCUUUCCCAUAACCUCAACCCUAACCUCAGCGUCCAGGAUGCGACGUUUGUACAACCAAAUCUGCUUGUGAAUAGUCAGGAUCAUAUUCUUGAUGCAGCGGCGCUCUCUUCAAGAUCUGCUGGUUCAAGCAAUUUUAACCCAUUACACAUGCCACUCACUGCGUCAACUUCUCCGUCGUCGUACAAUUCAAACUACAAUACCAACAGCCAGAGUUCUAGCAAGCCUCGCAAGCGACAGUCAUUUUCCAAGCCCCCCCAGAAUAGUAAAUCGUCUUCGCCGCUUGAAGAAGAUGAAAAACCAUUCAAGUGCCAGGAAUGUCCUAAGGCGUUUCGGCGAAGCGAACAUCUCAAAAGACAUAUACGGUCAGUUCACUCUUCAGAACGGCCGUUUCAUUGCUGUUACUGCGACAAGAAAUUCAGCAGAAGCGACAACCUAUCGCAGCAUCUAAAGACUCACAAGAAACAUGGUGAUUUCUAG